AUGGUCGCUGAUUCGUCCGACGAGAACCCGAAAGGCAAUGACGGUGUUGAGAAGAAGGAGCGCGCCGCGGGCCAGUUCUUCCAUGUUGGAGACAAGGGGGAGCAGGUAGACGGCUCUGCCAAGGUUGGAGCAGAGCUGCACCCCCUGGACUUUUGGGUGUUGGACACGGGCGCCGCGUGGACGAUGACGCCGCGCAAGGACCUGCUGGACGACGUACGCGCUGCACCGAUCAAUGAGGUGUGCUCCGCCUCUGGACACCCGUUGAAGGUGGCUGGUUCGGAACGAGCUGCGUUGAAGGGAGCGGAUGGCACGCCGGUGGUGGUGCAUGACGUUCUGUUCGUCCCCGACCUCCGUAAGCUUGCCAAGGCUGGGAUCCAUGUGGCAGCUGCCGGCGUUGGCGUGGCAUGCCGGGCAACGGCACACCAACGCUUGGGGCAUGUGGCAAUGCCUUUGUUGAAGCAGCUGGAGAAGGAUGGAGCCGUCAAGGGUUUGAAGCUGAAUGGACAGCCACCUGAUGACAACUGUGAAAUCUGUUUGCUCUCAAAGUUCACCCGUUUCCCCUUCCAUAGUGUGGCUGGCAGGAGCAAGAAGCCGUUGGAGCUGGUCCACAUGGACUUGGUGGGGCCGCUACCGGUUCAGGGGCACAAGGAGGAGCGAUAUUUCUUCAAGAUUGUGGAUGAUUGGAGCAAACUCAUGUGGGUGUAUCCAUUGAAGCAGAAGAAUAACGCUAUCUCUACGUUGCGAGAUGAUUGGCUGCCCUUCGUGGAAAAGCAAUCAAACUGUGUGCUGAAGCGGAUUAGGACAGACCGGGGUGGUGAGUUCUUUGCAGCUGAGACGACGGCUUGGCUUAAGAAGCAGGGUAUUUAG